AGAGAGAGAGAGAGAGAGAGAGAGAGAGAGAGAGAGAGAGAGAGAGAGAGAGAGAGAGAGAGCGUGACAGUUAUAAUUUACACAAACUGGAAUUGAACAGUGUUCACUUCGGAGCAGCAUCCCUGUCAUCAUGGGGGACUGGUCGUUCCUGGCCUCUCUUCUGGACAAGGUUCAGGCCCACUCCACAGUGGUGGGGAAGGUCUGGCUGACCGUGCUCUUCGUCUUCAGACUCCUCGUCCUCUUAGCUGGCAUAGAUAAGGUGUGGGCAGAUGAGCAAUCCCGCAUGGAGUGCAACAGCUUGUCUCCUGGUUGCAAGAACCACUGCUACGACCAAGCCUUCCCCAUCUCCCAUAUGCGAUUUUGGGUCUUUCAAAUCAUCUUUGUGUCCAUCCCCACCCUGGUGUACCUGGGUCACGUGCUGCACAUCAUCCACAAGGAGAAGAAGCUCCGACGGAAACUCCAAGAUCACAAAAGCUCCUACGGAAAGUUGAAGCUGCCCAAGUACACUGACGAGAACGGCAAGGUGCACAUCAGGGGGUCUCUGCUCGUCAGCUACAUGGCUAACAUCUUCUUCAAGAUCUUGUUUGAGGUGGGCUUCAUCGUUGGGCAAUACUACCUCUACGGCUUCGCCCUGCCCCUGAAGAUAGCCUGUAAGGGGUACCCAUGCAAGGAGCAUGUGGAGUGCUUCAUCUCCAGGCCCACGGAGAAGACCAUCUUCAUCAUCUUCAUGCUGGUGAUGGCCUGCGUAUCUCUGAUGCUUAACGUGGUGGAGAUGCUGCACAUCAUUGCUACUAAGCUGAGAUGCAAAAAGAGAGAAAGACAAUCACUGACAGGGUCCGAGAUGUACACUCUGAAAAAUGGGUUGGAGAUCCGACAGUUUGACAAGACAACCCCCUGCUGAAACCCAGGAGGCUGUGUGUCGCUCAGCUUUUUGACUAUCUUUGUAUGUUUUUACCUUUCACUUGAAUGCCCUAGAUGUCACUAUUGAACAAUGUAAAAUGAAAGACUUGCUAUCCUCUGUGAUUGACAAUAUAUGGCAUGUUCUUCUCUCAGCAUAUUUGUUGUAUGAAAUAAAGUUAACAUACUGUUGAUUGAA